ACUCAGAGAGAGCGAGCUUCAUCAUAGCUUGGCGAGCGCAUUGCACAUUUCAGGGGUUCUCGUUCGUUAUCCACUAUAUCCCUCCAUAUCUCUCGUCUAUUCUCCUUUUUGAGGUUUUAUCUCAUCUGAAUUUAGGGUUUUUGGGAAAUCAAUUGUUGCGCGCGAUUAGUGGAAGCCAUGGUUUUGGAUUCGAUGAUGAACGGUUCAGUUACUGCGUUGUCGAAGGAUUUGGCAAAGAAAAAGAGGACCAACAGGACUGCGAAAUUGAAGCAAUGCAAACUUGAUGCCAGACGCGAGCAAUGGCUUUCUCAAGUCCAGAACAAGGGAUCCAAGGAGGAAUCGAAUGGUGGAGAUGGAUCUCCUCCAUCCUCGUUGCUUCUGACCGAUGACCGGAAUUCGUACCUAGAGAAUUUGGACACGAGGUCAAGAGGUGAGGAGAACGAAGGAUCAAGCUUUCAUGACAGCGAUUUGGAUUAUGUGGCAAACGGUCUCACUGGUAGUACCUUGGAAGCUAAUGACUCGGGGAAGGAUCGUCCUGGUAGCAGCAGCGGAUGUUGCUCUGGAAAUGUCAGCGAAGAAGAGGAGGAUGACUGGGAAGCCGUUGCCGAUGCCUUGACGGCAGAAGACAAGCAGCAACACCCGACUACAGAACUUCCAGCUCAACUUGAUAGCCCAACUAGAUCAACUGCUCCACGUGAAUUGGUCAAUAAGACCUGUGAAGUGGGCCCUUUAAAACCGCAAUCUAAGGAAAUGGUCCCUAGGUGUGUGCCGAAUGGUCGUGCAUGGAGGCCUGAUGAUGCUUUCCGUCCGCAGAGUCUGCCCAAUCUCUCCAAGCAGCAUAGUUUUCCCAUGUACUCGGACCGGCAUUGUGGUCAUGGAGCCAUCAACUGGGCCUGCCACAAUAUUAUGUCGCAGCCCUCCUCGUGUCCUAUCUGCUACGAAGAUUUGGAUCUUACAGACUCGAGUUUUCUGCCAUGUUCAUGUGGAUUCCGUCUCUGUCUAUUCUGUCACAAGAGGAUUCUCGAGGCUGAUGGGCGUUGUCCCGGUUGCAGGAAGCAGUACGGUCCUAUAAACGAGGAGAUGGGUGUAAAUGGAGGUGCUCUGCCAUUACGGUUGGGUCGUUCUUGCAGUAUGAAUACAAGGAUUCUGCUCUGGAAAUUAAAAUUAUGGGGAGCAUUAAAACAUCUGCACAAUGAUGGUUGGUCUGCUUCCAUGGCAAGGACAAUCCAUCAUGUUGCUUUUGGUGUGACUGAUAUUUUAGUUUCUCUUUAUGGUCAUGGGAUGAAGAAGGGAGAUUGGAGGAAAGAUGACCAUUGGCCUAAGCCAUGGAAGGUAGAAGAUGGUGAUAAGCAAUCUUUUUUGGGUCCAUAAUUGCUGAAAGUAUUUUGGUUAUUGUUCGACAUUACCUUUUAGGCUUCUCUUUUCAUUUGCCAAACACUUGAACCUGUAAUUCCACGUUGGGUUUGUCACCAUCUGUUUAUGUUCUCAUCCACUUGCCUAUGUAAUUAUGAAAUGAUGUCCACCACAAAAAGAUGAAUGAUUACAGGCUACCCAGUUAUAUUGAAUAAUUAUGAUACUUGUCUGCUUUUUUGCAUGCA